AAGGACAAAGAAGGCAACAGUGCCAAGCCGUUUCGGGUUGACCGUUGGCGACUUGGGGAAGAUUCUGGUCCUUCGACCCAAACCUCGCCGCACGACGUCCACGGUUCAGAACACAUUGCCAACGACGGACAGGCUCUUCGUCACGCAAAAUGUCCGACGUUACAAUCUCUAACCCAGCUUCCCCUACCUACCGAUCACGCCCUGAUCCAUCUAAUUAACCAGAACGUAUGCCGAGGGUUCAUGGAGAACAAGACGAUACUGAAGCUCCGGGCAAAUUUCAUCAACGCCGUACAAAACCCCCCGCUACCUUCCGAUAUCGCAGCAGCAGGAUGUGGUAGUGUAGUGAUACGAACUACCUACCGGACAAUCCCAGCCAGUCUUUUGCCAACACAGCUCCAGAUGAACUGUCCACACCCUAGCUGGAUGGAUAUACUCCCUUUUCCACAAAUUCGAGACAAUCUCAUUCGGCGACAAUACACGUUCGACCAUAAAAACUUUCUUGAAGAUCUUAUCGGAGACUUGAUCUAUCUGAUGUCGUCGUGCGACCCAGAUCAGGAAGGGUUGACGCCAACACCGAACCCGCGGGUGAACCGGCGGAGCCAACCCACAAACAAUGGCCACUGCCUCAUUCUGUGGGGAGAGCCUUACCUGAAGGAGAGUUGGGAGGCUACUCCGCACUUUCUGACAAAGUGGACAUGGGUUGUCGAGGGAUGCGGCGACCUUGUCGACGUCUCUAACGGGUGGCGGACGACCAGGGGUGAGGAUCUUCUGCAAACAAGUGGAAGCGGGCAACCAUAAGCCUUGUACAUGGAGUCUAUCAUAGAGUUGUUUCAAGCUUUCGAAUUUCUUCUGCGUUAUCAGCGGCUUCCGUUAGCGAGAAUCGAUAAUCACCCACUUGGUUAUUCU